AUGGCUACUCCCAGCCCAGAGUCAACUCUUCUCGGCGUUUGCGACGGUGAGUUGGACGACUCUAAGCAUCGGUCGUCCUUCCUCACCAACAAGGUGGGAGGCCUCCCGGACGUUGUGCCGGGCCUACGACGCUCGUUCCCCCGUUGCGAGUGUUGCUCGUUCCCGCUCGUCCACGUGGUGCAGGUCUACUGCCCCUUGGUGGGAUCGCCCUAUCACCGGACACUCCAGCUGUUCGCCUGCCCGGCUGCUGAGUGCAGCGGCCGGCCAGAGAGUUGGACGACGUUCCGCUCUCAGUGUCUGGAGGUCGAAGGGGGGGCGGGGCGGACGUCCGCCAGGGCCGAGUCGGCCAAAGAGGCUCCUCUGUCGGCCAGUGAUUGGUGUGACUCCGCCGAUGAUUGGGGCAUUGAGGAGGAAGCUGAGGAAAAAAGAGAAGAAAAAAAAAAAUCAACAUUUAAAUAUGUUCCUGAAGACAUGAUCAGAGACCGGCUAGAUAUGCUUCAUAUCGCAGAGCCUCAGCUGGGCGUUCCUGUCCUGCGACCGUUCUUCAUCAGUGUGGUGGACGAAUGCGACGUAUUGGCUGAUGACGAAGAAGGGCUUUCGCAUGCUGAAAAGCUGCUGAGGGAUUAUGAGAGAAGAGAAGGAGCAGUCGCAGGCGAGCUGGAGAGUGGCCAAGAGGACAGUGGUGGCGAAAAAUAUGAGAAGAGUCGAGCACGUCACGGCGACCAUUCCUUCUCCAGAUUCCGGAAGAGGAUCUCGGCGUGUCCGCAGCAGAUCUUGCGCUAUUGUCGCGGUGGGCGACCGCUCUUUAUCUCGGAACCGCCUUCGGACGAUCGGCAACUGGUGCCGCCAUGCAAUUCCUGUGGGGGCCUACGCAUAUUUGAGUUCCAGCUAAUGCCAGCCCUGGUCAGUCUGCUGAGCUGGAAGGACGCUGGCGGGACUUCUGCCAGCUCGCAGCUGGAGUUCGGGACCGUGCUGGUCUACACUUGCGCCAACAGUUGCUGGACAUCUUCGGAGCGGCAACUUCGCAACGAGUUCUGCUUUGUCCAAAUGGACCCGGACCAGGAACUAUUUAAAUGA